AUGAUUAAUAGCAAUCUACCGCUUAUCAAGAAUGUGAAUCAAUCUUCUUUUGAUAUAUUGAAUUGUAAACGAAGAUUGGAUCAAUUCUUUAUAUAUGCUAACAUUAAUACAAACCAAGUUUUAUUAACUAUAGGAAGAAAUUUAAAGAGCAGAUAUUUAAAACAAAUCAAAGAUGUAAAACUACGCCCACAUAAAAUUCGCAGAGAUUUUUGGAAACCCAUCAUAGCAGUAACGGGUUUCUCUAGUUAUGGCUCUGUAACAGCCACUAAUAACAUAGUUCAGGAUAAACUUGACAGAUAUCCAAAACCGCCCAAUUAUAAACAAACUGCUCGAAAAAUUCGACAAAUUGAAGACAUGGACCAAAUUGAUAAAAGUGUUUGUAAUUUAUGUUACGCGUUAAAUAAAUUGGGAUUGAAAGGCAUGGAAAAUAAUGAAACUAGCAGAAUUAAAAUUUUUUGGGAAAGAGAAGCUUUAAAAUAUGUUCCAGCACAAAAAGCCGGUUUGGAGUGGCCUAGAUUUGUCGUGCAUAAAAAGCUGCUUUUAGAUAGAGGAAGGUUGAUGAUGAAUAGUGAAUUUGGACCAAAGCCGUUUAAAGUUAGGCAAGCUUAUAAAGAGGCAAAACUAAAAGAAAAAGCGACAAAACUCGAAGAAAGAUUGAAAAGAAUUCAAUUGAAGAGAGAGAAAGGUGGUAUUAAAAGCAUUGGCGUCAUGAAUAUACUCAUAAGAAGGAAAUCAAUUGGGGAAAGCAAAACCAAUGCUUCUGAACUGAGUUCUCUUUCAGAAUCUGAUCAUUAA